UGGUUUUCUUCCCAGCGAUCUUUUUGGAGAUGUCCCUUCUCCCCAGAAGCCCCGUCAGGAAAGUGUUGCUGGCGGGAGCCUCAGCCCAGCGCUCAGUGGCCAGAAUGGACGGAGAUGUGAUCAUUGGGGCCCUCUUCUCGGUCCACCACCAGCCUCCCGCCGAGAAGGUGCCCGAGAGGAAGUGUGGGGAGAUCAGGGAGCAGUAUGGCAUCCAGAGGGUGGAGGCUAUGUUCCACACAUUGGAUAAGAUCAACGCGGACCCGGUCCUGCUGCCCAACAUCACCCUGGGCAGUGAGAUCCGGGACUCCUGUUGGCACUCCUCCGUGGCUCUGGAACAGAGCAUCGAGUUCAUCAGGGACUCUCUGAUUUCCAUUCGAGAUGAGAAGGAUGGACUCAACCGGUGCUUGCCUGACGGCCAGCCGCUCCCUUCAGGCAGGACUAAGAAGCCCAUUGCGGGCGUGAUCGGCCCGGGUUCCAGCUCCGUCGCCAUUCAAGUGCAGAACCUGCUCCAGCUGUUUGACAUCCCGCAGAUCGCAUAUUCCGCCACCAGUAUCGACCUGAGUGACAAAACUCUGUACAAAUACUUCUUGAGGGUUGUCCCUUCUGACACUUUGCAGGCAAGAGCGAUGCUUGAUAUAGUCAAGCGUUACAAUUGGACGUAUGUCUCUGCAGUCCACACGGAAGGGAAUUAUGGGGAGAGUGGAAUGGACGCUUUCAAAGAGCUGGCAGCCCAGGAAGGCCUCUGCAUUGCGCAUUCGGACAAAAUCUACAGCAAUGCGGGCGAGAAGAGCUUUGACCGACUCCUGCGCAAGCUCCGAGAGCGGCUCCCCAAGGCCAGAGUGGUGGUGUGCUUCUGCGAAGGCAUGACGGUGCGAGGCCUCCUGAGUGCCAUGCGGCGCCUGGGCGUCGUGGGCGAGUUCUCACUCAUCGGAAGUGAUGGAUGGGCAGACAGAGAUGAAGUCAUUGAAGGUUAUGAGGUGGAAGCCAACGGGGGAAUCACGAUAAAGCUGCAGUCUCCAGAGGUCAGGUCCUUUGAUGAUUAUUUCCUGAAGCUAAGGCUGGACACUAAUACGAGGAAUCCCUGGUUCCCUGAGUUUUGGCAACAUCGGUUCCAGUGUCGCCUACCGGGACACCUUCUGGAAAAUCCCAACUUUAAGAGAAUCUGCACAGGCAAUGAAAGCUUAGAAGAAAACUACGUUCAGGACAGUAAAAUGGGGUUUGUCAUCAACGCCAUCUACGCUAUGGCGCACGGGCUGCAGAACAUGCACCAUGCCCUGUGCCCGGGCCACGUGGGCCUCUGCGAUGCCAUGAAGCCCAUCGACGGCAGCAAACUGCUGGACUUCCUCAUCAAGUCCACGUUCAUCGGUGUGUCCGGAGAGGAGGUGUGGUUCGAUGAGAAAGGGGAUGCCCCUGGAAGAUAUGACAUCAUGAACCUGCAGUACAUUGAAGCUAAUCGCUACGACUACGUACAUGUUGGAACCUGGCACGAAGGGGUGUUGAACAUUGAUGACUACAAAAUCCAGAUGAACAAGAGUGGGAUGGUGCGCUCUGUGUGCAGCGAGCCUUGCUUGAAGGGUCAGAUUAAGGUCAUACGGAAGGGAGAAGUGAGCUGCUGCUGGAUUUGCACGGCCUGUAAAGAGAAUGAGUACAUGCAAGACGAGUUCACCUGCAAGGCUUGUGACUUGGGCUGGUGGCCGAAUGCAGAUCUCACAGGCUGUGAACCCAUUACUGUCCGCUAUCUUGAGUGGAGCAAUAUCGAAUCCAUCAUAGCCAUCGCCUUCUCCUGCAUGGGCAUCCUUGUUACCUUGUUCGUCACUCUCAUCUUUGUGCUGUACCGGGACACACCAGUGGUCAAGUCCUCCAGCCGGGAGCUCUGUUACAUCAUCCUAGCUGGCAUCUUCCUUGGUUACGUGUGCCCUUUCACUCUCAUCGCCAAACCUACCACCACAUCCUGCUACCUCCAGCGCCUUCUGGUUGGUCUGUCCUCGGCCAUGUGCUACUCCGCUUUAGUGACCAAAACCAAUCGCAUUGCACGCAUCCUAGCUGGCAGCAAGAAGAAGAUCUGCACCAGGAAGCCCAGGUUCAUGAGCGCCUGGGCCCAGGUGAUCAUUGCCUCCAUUCUGAUUAGUGUGCAGCUAACACUGGUGGUAACCCUGAUCAUCAUGGAACCCCCCAUGCCCAUCCUGUCCUACCCCAGUAUUAAGGAAGUCUACCUUAUCUGUAAUACCAGCAACCUGGGGGUCGUGGCCCCUGUGGGCUACAAUGGACUCCUCAUCAUGAGCUGUACCUACUAUGCCUUCAAGACCCGCAACGUGCCCGCCAACUUCAACGAGGCCAAGUACAUCGCCUUCACCAUGUACACCACCUGCAUCAUCUGGCUGGCUUUUGUACCCAUUUACUUUGGGAGCAACUACAAGAUCAUCACUACCUGCUUUGCAGUGAGCCUCAGUGUGACGGUGGCCCUGGGGUGCAUGUUCACUCCCAAGAUGUACAUCAUUAUUGCCAAGCCCGAGAGGAACGUCCGCAGUGCCUUCACCACCUCUGAUGUAGUCCGCAUGCACGUCGGCGACGGCAAGCUGCCCUGCCGCUCCAACACUUUCCUCAACAUUUUCCGAAGAAAGAAGCCAGGGGCAGGGAAUGCCAAUUCUAAUGGCAAGUCUGUGUCAUGGUCUGAACCAGGUGGAAGACAGGUGCCCAAGGGACAGCACAUGUGGCACCGCCUCUCUGUGCACGUGAAGACCAACGAGACGGCCUGCAACCAAACAGCCGUCAUCAAGCCCCUCACUAAAAAUUACCAAGGCUCCGGCAAGAGCCUGACUUUUUCAGAUACCAGCACCAAGACCCUUUACAACGUGGAAGAGGAGAACGCCCGGCCUGUCGGCUUCAGCCCUCCCACCAGUCCUUCCAUGCUGGUGCACCGACGUAUGCCCACCGCGGGGAGCACCCCUCCUCUGCUGCCCGUCCUGACCGCAGAGGAGACCCCCCUCUUCCUGGCCGACCCGGCCAUCCCCAAGGGCUUGUCUCCCCCGCUCCAGCAGACGCAGCCUCAGCAACCGCACCCGCAACAGCAGAAAUCCUUGAUGGACCAGCUACAGGGAGUGCGCAACAAUUUCAACACCGGGAUCCCCGAUUUCAACGCGGUGCUCCCAGUCCCGGGGGGUCCAGGGAACGGGGUGCGGCCCCUGUACCCACCCCUGGCGCCCCCGCAGCACCUGCAAAUGCUCCCGCUGCAGCGGAGCACCACCGGGGAGGAGCGCGCCUCCCCCGCCACAGAGGACGAGGACGCGGACGACAGCGAGAGGUUUAAACUCCUCCAGGAGUACCUGUCUGAGCGGGAAGGGAACACGGAGGAAGACGAGCUGGAAGAGGAAGACGAGGCCCUGCAGGCGGCCGGCAAACCCACCCCCGAGGAUUCGCCGGCCCUGACGCCUCCGUCGCCUUUCCGCGACUCGGUGGCUUCGGGCAGCUCGGUGCCCAGCUCCCCCGUGUCCGAGUCCUUGCUCUGCACCCCUCCCAACGUGACCUACGCCUCCGUCAUCCUGAGGGACUACAAGCAAAGCUCUUCCACCCUGUAGGGAGGAGGUGACCACAUGGGAAAGAGAGCGAAGCCGGGGAGCGCCAGCCCCUCCGGGGAAGUGCAGACAGCUGGGGGGAGAAGCCUGGGCGUGGGGGGCGGAGUCCGGAAUGGGGGGAAAGCUGCUGAGGCCUUAGGUGAGGCGAGAGGGUGCCGCGUGCUGCGAGCAACAGGGGCCCAGGCCAGGAUUCUGAGUCUCGGGUUAUUCAAAAGCCUGCUCUGGGAAGAAAGGGAAUUCUGACAAAGCACAACCCCAUAUAGCGUGUAAGUCUUAUCACAGAAGUAAAUCGAUACAACAAAACCGACAGAAAGACUCUCCUCUUUUUGGACAAUGGUGCGUAGACAUACGCGCCCACGUACACGCGCGGCCAGCCAGGUGAAUCACGAGUCCGUUCACCUCAUGGGAUUCGUGGCAUUCCUGGUGAGCAUGGCGGAGCCAGACAGGGCAGGCGGGCGACGGAGGGGCAGGCACAGGACCACCCAGAGCACAGACGGUGGGACCGCAGCUCAUGCCUCUGGAGCCGGUGUUUCUCCCCGGCUCGCAGACCCCUGGUCUUCCGGAGACGCCGAGGGGGCCCGCUCCCCUCCCUGCACCGGCUCCAGCGCUGUCCUUAGGGUCACACUUGGAGACAGGUGCAUGGACAGUCUGCCGCUCUGUGAUUCCCCUCUAUUUAGGAAGACAGGAAAAAGAGCAAAAUCAUCACCAAAAAGUGCAUCAUCGGGAGUGCUAAGAGAGGUCGGAAUGCGAAGCAAGACACUCCACUCCCUAAGCAUGGGGCUUGCAGCAGAAUCAGUCAGCACAUGCAGCCUCCCGUAUUUGAUACUCGCUUAUUGAUGAUUUGGGGACAAGGUCAGAACAAGAGAUUGUUUUAAGAGUGGCUGAAGGCCUCUUGUGGAUUAACUUGUCUUUGUGCCAAGCCGGGUGGGGGGCUCGCCUUUGCCCUUCCGUUAAAGAGAACAAACCAUGUGGCAAAAUUGUUACCUUCCAUUUAUUGUAGCAAAUAAUACUUACCAGUUGAACUUCUAAGAUGCAGUAUGUGUAUUUGGUGCCAACGUUUCUCCUAUGUACAACAGAAACAAAUCCAUCUUUGAAUUUAAUGGUGUACUCAUAGCAACUAUUAUUGGCCAAUUAAAUGUUUAGUGACAAAUAAUUCUUUCCUAUUGUCACAGAAGUUCUUGUAACUAGCGAGUAAAUGCGUUCUUGUGUCCUGGUAUACACGUGAUAAUAAAAUUUGUGCAAUGUAAUGUCAAUCUAACUGCAACUAGAUUGCCUUUCCGAUAUAAUAUAGAUAUUUUUACCUUCCAAUAAUGUUUUCUAUACCGUUGUCACCGAUAUCUACAGGAGCUCUUUGAAGGUCGGAGUGCUGUGGUACAAUGUUUUUCAUAUGCUGCUCAGAGAGUCCUUCGUCUUUGAAGAGGGAUCUUAUUUUUCAGAUAUUUUAUGACGUGAAGAUACGUUACUGAUGAAGUGGUUUGAAAAAACUUGUUUUAUUGAAAGUUCACAAAAACUGUGGGUAACAAAAAGAAAGGUACGUUUUAUAAACUUGUGCACAUCAUUAUUAAAACAUAAGCUUGAAAUGACAAUAUUUAGAUGGUGUCAGGUUACUUUAGAUUUUUUUAAAAAAGAUUUUCCACAGAUACUUGAGCUCUGUAUGCUUAAAGCAUAUACUAACUUCUAAGACUGCUCAUAAUUUCUCAAAUUAUUUAUUCAUCACUUUUUUGCUUUUUUAAAAAAUUUUUAUUUCCAUGUAUCCUUAUUCUUAUAUUUUCACUGUCAUAGCUUUUCUUUAUAUUUUUGUUGUUUUGCUGGGUGCAAUAUCCAUGUAGGUGCAAUUCAGUUGUUUCAUUUUGGCCUUCCCUUUUUUUACCCCCCAAUAAAAGAGCUUUUUCUUGCUGUUUUGAUUUCUUCUAUUAUUUGUAGAAUGAAUCUUACCCCAUUAAGUAUCUUUGUUUAUGCCUUAUGUUCAGGCAUAUUUUAAUAUGCUCUCUUCAUGUUGAAGCUGCUGGUGUCUCAGCCAAAAAUCAGCUUAGAAUCUUUAAAUACCCACUGCCUCAUUUGUUCUGAAUUUAACAUCAACUCCAAUGUUUGAGACUCAUGCUUCUCCUGUCUUCCCAUAUUCUAACACCAAGUUUAGUCAGUUCAUACCAAGAGUGGACUGACUUUCCUUGAAAAAAUUAUUUUCUAACACCUUUGGUAGAAAGACCUCAUGACUGAAAUGUGAAUUUCAGGUCCAUAUUUUCAUGGUAAUGAGGCAGAAUGGAAAAAAUGGAUGGCGGCAGUGCUUAAUAGGUGGUCCUCUAAUUGGCAAACUAACAAGGGAAAGCAUGUUUUUUCUCUUGAUGCCAGUAAUAUAUGUCCUUCAUAUCACAAGAUUUGUGCAUUCAGAUUUUUUGAAAGUAAGAAUAGAUCAGGAAAACUGCUUUUAUUAUUCAGACAAUAUGUCAGUUUGUUCUGAGGUUUUUGAGACAUUUCGUGAAUACAUUCAACACUGGUCACAUUAUUACUCUGAAUGCCUUCUCUUAUCCUGAUUAAAAGUUUUCCUGAAUAUGACAGAGUAUUAGCUCUUAUAUCAUAAUUGUUCAAAAUUGGAAAUGGAUAUAUACAUACCCUAUACCCAAAGGGCAGAAACUCUUAUACCUUAAUGUAUUUGCUUAUACAAGUUGUUUAGCUUCUUGUAAAGGUGUUUUUGUUGGCUUGUUACUACCUUUUGUCAAAUAAUCUUGACAAUGCUGUAUAAUAAAUAUUUUCUAUUUAUUAA